UCGGAAACCAAUUUAGUGCUAACGCCACAAUAUGAUGUUUUUCUAUAGAAAACCUGAUUUUUAGGGAUUAGGCCCUUUAAAAGGGCGUAACUCAAAAUUUCGUCUAACGAUUUAAAAAAAAAAUGUCCAGAGGUGUAGGAAUGAUGAAGAAAGAGAAUGGCGUUUCAGGUUUUGAUGGUAUAUUUUUUUUUUUGAUAAUAAUGGUAAAUGAAGCACCGUGGUUAAAUGAUACAAACAGAUGCCGAUGCGUCUCUUUUUUGGAGAACGAAGAGUAACAUGGAAACUCUACCUGAAACUUAAUGACUACCCGCAACACCUUCAUACAACGAGCAUCUUGAAUGGUGAGAGAUCAGGGUAACGGAAGAAACGCCUGUGUCAGUGCAGACAAAGACGGAUAUGAUGAUCCAGCAGCCACGCAGAGUUAAGGAUGCCUUUCACCAGCUUCUCAAAACGAACAACUUUUCUUAUUAUGACAGUUUAACUCGCAUUGGUGUGCAAGCUAAAUCGCAUAAAAGUAAAAAUAAACUCGUUGACAUGUGCGUAAAAAACUCGCAUAAUCCAGAAUCGUCCAAGUUGACAUAUUGCGAUGUGAUUUGUGAUAACAAUGAAAGAGAUGCUGUUGGACUGUGGAUGCAGGGCCAAAAGGCUACAAGAAAGUGAACAGCCAGCUUUAUGGUUACAAGACUAGUGUGCGAGAAAUCACACUUCGUCAUAUUGAGUUCUAGACGUACAGCGCAGGGAAGCCAAAUGCAUUCAAACGUCUGUGGAUGAAACAGAAGCUUUUCGAGAUGCGCCAGCAGUUGAAGCAAGAGAAGCUAGAGAUGGAACGUGAUAUUAAAAUGGCGCUGAUGGAGAAGAAGAUCACCAAAGGAAACCUGGAAACAUGCGGAUCGAGAUGGAAGAGUAGCUGAAACAGUUGACGCUGAAGCGAAAUACAGUGGACGACGAUGAAAAGGAGCUAGAGAAAGCUCCAAAGGCGGUAAAGUGGGAAACUCGAAAAGCGAGACAAGAAAGAUGACGGAAUCGGAGCAUGCGAAGUCGAAAAAUGGACUCGAGAAGCCUGAAAAAACGGAUGCAACGGUAGCGAGCUUCGAAGAUCCGAGAGAAGCGACUCCGAAAGUUUCUCGCAUGCUGACACUGAAGCCGGUCGAAGAUCCAUCGAGUCUGCCGGAGAGUUUUCUAAUCGAACGUGACUAGAUCGUGUAGAUUCUAACUCGAACGACCAGGGAUUCUCAUACCCGAAAAGGGGAAGAAAAGCAACGAAAUGAAGAAAUUGGUGGAAGUUGUUGCUCAGAAAGCAUGAAUUCCGGUGAAGAUGAAAAGUUCACUGAAGAGGUGUAAAGCUGCGAUGAACAAGAAAGCUCCACAGAGGAGGGAGAAAGCAUCGAAGAAGAAAGUUCCCAUGAAGAAAAGAAGCAAAACAAGGAAAAGUAGAAAAGGCAAGGAUGGGCGGAAAAAUCGGCAACGAGAACCGAUGAGGGCACAGAUUUCCGCUAGGAAAUUCCUACCCAGGAGUUGGCAACGUUUUCUGGCAGGUUGGAAGAAUGAUCGAUGUUCAUCAGCAACUACGAAACGUCAACGAAGACGUGCAGCUUUCCGGAGUGGAUAAUUAGGCACGGCUACAACAGGAGUACCUGAAAGGAGAGGCUCUGGAGGCGAUGAGGAACAGACUGCUUCUGCCAAAAUUCAUCCCGAAGAUUGUGGACACGUUGCGUAUGCUGUACGGCAGGCCACAGCGACUUCUCAACAUGCUGUUGGAGAAGGUUCCCAACACGCAGCGGCACCGAAAGCAGAUCGGCUGAUGAGUUUCAUUAGUUUCGGAGUGGUAGUUCAGCAGCUCACCGAUCAACUGGAAGUGACCGGACCAACUACGCACUUGGUCAACUCGUUGACCCAGAAGCUGAAAGAGAAACUGCCGGCUGGCACCCUGCUGGAGGAAUGACUACGGAAAUGAUGACGUUAUUCAACUUCCCGACAAGCAUAGUGAAUGACGUAGCGGGGUUGCUGCGUAUGAAGAAGGAACUCCCAGUUCCGGGAAGUGUCAGCGCACGGCGAAAGCAGAGCGCAUGGCGGUUACGUGUACUGGCAAGACGUGGAAGAGAGUAGGAAGCUUUGUCGGAUGUGUGGCAUGGUGGAUCACCAGAUCUGGAACUGCGAGAAUUUUCAGAAACUCCAGCUUGGAUUCGGCGAUGGAAAGCGGUACGCAGAUGGAAGUUAUACCAACUGUACCUGAAUGAGUACGAAGCCGUCAGCUACAAGUUUCCGAUGCAACGUCGAUGGCUGUACGGAGCGUCACAACCCGCUACUCCAUUUCGUCAGGGCAGCAGCCGCAGGACUGAACUGCGUGGCCAUAGCCAUACUUGAUUUUCCCGACGCUGAUAAGACUAGUAGUUCGAGGCGUAAUACAGCCACUGCGCGUGACUUGGACUACCAGAGUUUCCAGAAUGCAGCAAGAUUCGGAGUACGUAAGUCUCUUCAUCUCGGCGAGAGUAUUCAUGCAACGUUUUCACAUCAGAAGUGCUCACACCGUGGAGAUUAUAAAGCUCAUGUAACAUACGGUAGCUAUAACAAAAAUGAUGAGUAAACACGCGCAUCUCCAUGGCUUGCCGAUCACCGUAGCCUAGCAUACCGCUCCACAAAAUCUGAUCGGGCUAAACGACAUUCACCUCAAGGAAUCGCGUAAUGGCCAACCAGAGGAACAAAUAGAAUUGUAAGGUAGAAGAUAGAAUGGACCGUUUACGAGCCCACGGGACCGGUAAACGGGAUCAGCGGAAUUAGUGCAUCCUGGUUUCCCAUCAGGAGCUACAUCAUCGCAAGAAGAGUCACUACACGCUUAAGUCUGGCAUUUUUAUCCCCAGGCUUCCGGAGCCAUGAGAAGACAAAAGAGCGAAGUAGAUUAUAAAGAAAACGAGAAGGAGGAUCGGCGAUCGUUCCGAGGCGGGCCUGCUGUAGGAGGACGUCAACACCGCAUUUCCCAACAGCUACUCUAUAGCAGUUAAGACAUAUUAAGACAAAUAUAAAACUUAAUCAGACUUGUCAUAUUGCGGCAAAAUAAACGUUAUUAGAACAUAUCCAACAAAAUUGAUAUCAACAUGUCAGAUUUGUUUGAAAAGACAAAAUAUUUACUCAAAUACGACUUUUUAAUAAGAGAUCAUUGAAGACUAGUUUUUGGAAUCAUGAAUAUGACUUAUUCAAGACAACAUUUGUUUUGAAAAACUUUGAAACAACUGUUAUAGGACAAAAUAAUUAGUUUAAGACUUCUGAUUAUGUUUUCGGUGUUACUUGGGAACUGCACGUUAUCAGUUCGAUCGCAGCUGCUGUCGUGAAUAGACGCAUGCAAAUGUGCUCUUCGCAAUCGGUUUUGUCUUUGCCAUCCGUUUGUGCUUUGUAGGCAAACGUUAUCGCGCGCGCUUUGUUCCCCGGGUGUUCACCGUUGACUUCGUUCGUCAGAGGUGCGGUUUUGUGCUGUUGGAAGCAAUAAUUGCACCGAAAUGUGUGAGUUAAUCAACACCGCACAGUUUCGAUUCCCGGUCGGUAGCCCUCGUCCAACAUGGGCGGUGUGGUACCUUGUGGUAUGCACAUAAUAAAUUAUUGUGUUACUCUAUUACGUUUAGCGUGUAUGUUUACAUUGAGUAUCUGUCAUAUGUGGAGAUGUUGUUAUUGUUGUCUGGAGUGUGAAUCAUUGUAUGUAAUAUUGAAGUAUCGGUAAUAAAGUGUAUACAAAUAAUGAAUACAGUUGUUGAAUAAUCAUUACAGAGAAAGAUUCUCACAUUGGCGACGAGAACGGUGAACAGUGCAUGUGAAAUUAGUUUGAUUUCGAUUCGGGAAGUGUUAUCUUUGGAAAAAGAAAGAGAUGAGUGGUGUGUGUGUGUGUGUGUGUGGUGCAUGCAGAGUGGUGAUGACCUCCAGGUGAUGACUUGUGAUUGAAUUUCAACAUUGGAAUCAAAAAGGUACAACCACAAGUAACGGCCAAGUAAUUUACCAAAAUGCCGAGCAGAGAUGGAUGACCAAAUGGAUGACUGUACUUCUAAUUCUGAUGUGAGACUGAAGCGAGACGUUCAUAAACUGAGGAGACUAUAAGCGAAACAACGUGGAGUGACCUUGCUGCGGAUCUGGAGAAAAAACGAGAUGUGGUACCUUGUGGUAUGCACAUAAUAAAUUAUUGUGUUACUCUAUUACGUUUAGCGUGUAUGUUUACAUUGAGUAUCUGUCAUAUGUGGAGAUGUUGUUAUUGUUGUCUGGAGUGUGAAUCAUUGUAUGUAAUAUUGAAGUAUCGGUAAUAAAGUGUAUACAAAUAAUGAAUACAGUUGUUGAAUAAUCAUUACAGAGAAAGAUUCUCACAGGCGGAAAUUGCGAACUUCUUGAAGUCGCUGGAAAUGGACUUGCUACAUGUCGAGACAGCGUAUAAAACAGCAAAGGAUCGCUCGCUGUUUGUAAAGUUUGUGUCUCUAGAAGCGAUGAUGGAGACAUUGGGAAAAAAUGCGGAUCCAAAGAAAUCAGGCCAAACAUUUCAAUAGGUCCUAUCUGCAUAUGAGAGGCUCUCUUUGUUCACUUCCUCUUUCAAUUACUGCAAUGUAAUGGUACACUUUUCAACUAUUUUUGCAGUACAAAUCAAAAGACGAUUGUUUUGAUCAUCGUUUAAUGCAAGGAGACAAUCAUAAUACAAAUAAACAGCUGAGAUAUUAACGAAAGAGAGGGAAACCAAAGAGAGCCUCUCUUCUGCAGAUAGGACCUUUAGACAUGUUUGGCCUGAAAUUCGUUUACGUAAGCGGACAAACCGUGGAAGUGUCUAUGUGCACCGCCGGCGCAAAUGUACAAUAUGUCAGGGUUUUCGAUUUGCCGCCGGAAUUGAGUGACGAUUGUUUAUCGUUAGUACUUGGGAAGUAUGGUAAAAUCGAGAAAAUAGUGCGCGAAAAAUUCCCGGCCGACUCAGGACUUGAACACAUUUUCAACGGCGUGCGUGGGGUAUACAUCGACGUUAAAACGGACAUUCCUCCUGCGGUUGAUGUCGGAAGCUUGAAAGGACGUAUUUUUUACGACGGACUGAAGGAUGUUUGCUUCUUGUGUCGAGCCGUGGGCCAUAUGAAGGAUUCCUUCCCUCAACGCAGAAGUAGGAAACCCCAGGAGAAGCAACAGAAAAAUCCGCAGCCCACCUCGUAUGCCGCAGUCGUAUCUCGGGGCGAAGUGAUACCAUCGGAACCUUUGGAUAUUUCGGAAGACGACAUUAUUGAAGUUUCGGAAGACAUCGACGAACCACUGGACACGCUAGAUGUGGAGCAAGGUCAGCCCGGUCAACCCGCUGCUGUGCAGGAAGUGCGUCCCAUGACGCAAAUGGAAAAGUUGGAACUAGUGGCCAAAGCAAUAAACGAAGCGAUGGGGAAUCCGACCGCCGAGCAGCGCCGAGCUCAGUACGCCGCGUCCGGUUCCAGCUCAGGAUCCGGCUCGCGUGUUAGGAAAAAAUGCGCUCGAAGAACAUUUUAUUAGUUUUCUUUUUCAAUUGUUUUUUUAGAAUAAGUAAUUAUUCGCCCAGAAUAGUGGCUCCGUAAAGUUUUAUG